AUGCACCAACAGGUGCUGAACGUAGCGAACCCCAUCGAAGACGCUCGGGCAGCCGCCAUUUCCUACCGGGACAAAGCACUCGUUGACCGACUCGACUUCAUGAACGGCAUGUUCCAACCCGUCCAAAAUGUGGCCUCGCUCGCUGGCAACCAAAUUGGACGCGUAACCGGCGGGGUCGACCGCGUAGCCUCGAACCUCUUGCUUAACCCACUGAACCGAACCACUGGCUUCAUCGGCAUGCUGGAAGGUCGACUUCUUGACAUCACCCGAAACGCACUCAAACCCACCACACACACCUCCGAAGCGUAG